AAAGCCCGUCGAUGCGGAAAGGAAAAACAUUUCUCGGCAGUGACUUCCUUAAACUGUUGAGGUUCAUAAUUGGGGCGGAGACAGAAAAGUGUCGAGAGCAAUAGUCACUUCAGAGCAGAAACAGAGAGAGAGGGAGACAGAAAGGUUUGUUGGAGGAAGAAGAAGAAGAGAUGAACUUUCAUCAAAUCAGGAUGUUUGUUCUCAUCUGGGCGACUCUGCUUUUCUCCGUGAGAGUCAGCGAUGCGGAAACAGGUUCUUCAGUGUUGGGGGAACCAGGUUGUCCGUUGAAAGACUACUGUAACACUCUAGUUGAAGGAGAAAUAACAGCGGAGGCCGGACUCUGUGUCGUGAUACCAUGCUCCUUCACUGUUCCUGCUGGUAUCCAAGUCUCACAUAUAGUUUGGUUUAAAUGUGAACCGACUAAAGACAGAUGUGGUGAUGGAGACAUGAUUUUCCACACUAACACCGACAGCGAUAAGGUUCAGUCGGAGUUUAAAGGACGAGUGUCACUGCUGGAGUCUGAUGUGAGCCAGAAAAACUGCAGCAUCAUCGUCAAUGACCUGAAGGAGUCGGACUCUGGUGCAUAUCAACUCAGAGUGAACACUGUACCGAGAGGAGGUUCAUAUACAUUCCCCAAAAUAACAGCUGUCUCUGUUAAAGGUCUGAGUCAGAGGCCCACAUUGAUGAUUCCCCCUCUGACCGAAGGACAGCUGACCACACUGACCUGCACUGCUCCUGGUCUCUGCUCUGGAUCUGAACCAACAUUCACCUGGAGGUGGCGAGGAAGAGGAGAGAGCGACGCCUACCUCACAGGAAGCAUCACGACCUUCAAAACUGAGAACGUGGCUGCGUUCGCCAAGAGAAGCAGCUCGACUCUGUCCUUUUCCCCUUCAGCUGAACAUCACGGCACCAACAUCACCUGCACGGUCAUCUUCAAAGAAAACGUGAGCACAGAGGAGACGGCGACUCUGAAUGUGACCUAUUACAAGGAAGUCAGAACAACCCAGAAUGCAAAUGUUAGUGAGGGCAAGACUCUGAAUCUGACAUGCAGUGUUGAAGGUUUCCCUCCAUCGCUGAUCACGUGGACUAAAGUUUUUGACCAAAGCAGCAGAAAUGGAACAGGAACAACUCUGCAGAACACCACAUUCAGUGACUUGCUCUAUCACACAGAAGGAAGAGGAACUGCCACUCUCUCUAUCUUUAAUGUCACAGCAGAGGAUUCUGGACAGUACAUUUGCACAGUGACACACAUGAACAGGACCUGGAAGAAAAAUGUCAACGUAACAGUGAUCUACAUGAGAGAUCCAGUGAUCACUGGAGACUUGAUAGUAAAGGAGGGAGAUGUUCUGAAUCUGACCUGCAGGGGCAACAGUUUCCCUCCAUCUGUUGUAGCGUGGACUGAAUUUGACUCCAGCACAAACCCGCCCAAUGGAACCGACCUGAAGAACGACUCUGUUUCAUCCACACUCAUUAUCCCUAAUGUGACUGCAGAACAUUCAGGACAUUACAUCUGCACAGCACAACAUCUGAACAGGACCGCGACUACAACUGCUGACGUAACGGUGACUUGGUUUUCAAAGAUCUUAAAAAGCUCUGACUGUGUGGUCCAGUCGGGGGUCCUGACCUGUGUGUGCAUCAGUGAGGGGUUUCCUCUACCCACCAUCAAAUGGCUGCUGCUGGAGGACCAGACUGUGUACUCAGUCAUUACCACAGUGUCAAACUACACUGUUAACAGCACCGUCAUCGUGAAAGGCCGAAAUGACAGCUCUGUCCAGUGUGUCAGCAGCAACGCAAAUGGGGAAGCAAAAGAAAAAUUCACCACCCGAAUACAGCCAACUGAACUUAGCGAUCAACCCGCAGAAUUAUUUAAAAGAUGGUGGGGAACCAUCAUUGCCUUUUUGAUCGGUUUUCUUCUCUCAGCCGUCGUUUUCUGUUUGGCAAAAAGAUGCCACCGAAAGAAACAGAAGAGCAGUGGAAAUCGGUAUGAGACUGUGGACAUGGUGACUAAUCAUGAGGAUCCACUGAUACAUAACGGACAAGCAGCAAAAGAUGCCCAGACCCGCGGCCGAAAGAGAGCUGGGGCUGGAUCUGUGGCAGCAGGGGCAAGAGCCCCUAAACUCGACAGUGGGCCACAAGACGUGGAGUACGCCAGCAUCGAUUUCUCACUGCUGAAAAGCAAGGGCCCCAGGGAUGCAGCAAAGAAGCCAGAGACCACUGAGACGGAUUAUGCUGAAAUCCAAAAACAAGUAAAAGAGGAAAGAGAAGAUGGUGGUGCAGAGGAAGGUGAGGUGUUGGAGGAGGCCGGGAUAGAGGAGGAGGAGGAGGAGACAAAUCAUUUUGUUCCAGAGGAGGAUGAAGGGGGGGACAUGGAAGUGUACUCCAACAUAAAGGAUUUAAUGGCAGAGAUGUAAGGAUUUAGAUUUUUUGGAGUCGCUUGAGGAUAAAGGAUGGAUACGAGAUUCACAGCAAAUUCAGCCUGUGAUAAACCGACAAGACACAACACACCUCCUUACUUAAGGGGCAUCUGCAUCCGUUUAACUAAAGGUGGACUGGAAGUUGGGCAGAAUAUACUUAUUCAAGUGUUAUUGUGCUUUAGUGUCUUUGCUUUGUAGAAAUACAUUGCCGCUAGACGUGCAUUAUGCAAAUGUGGGACUUUGUGAGGUGUCAUGUGACAUCACGAUGAAGUGGAAGUAACUGCCGGACUACUGACGAGGCGUUUCAGGUGUUGGUUGUCAUGCGGUUACAGCUGAGCAGGAGGCCUCUGGGUAAAAGUUGCGACACGCGCUCGGAGAGGUUGACCAAUCACAAAGGAGUGGACGUUUUGGGAGGCGGGCUUAGAGCUGUGGCUUUGUGGAUGAUCCAAGUAUUUAUCUGUUGUUGCUAAUAAAUAUCAGCAUUUUUGAUGAAUUCCUUUGUAAUUUUGUCAUAAUGUUCCCCUGUGGUGAAUUAACUUUGGUGAUUCCUCAACUUUUUAUCUGUCUAUUUGUCCGAUAUUCUUGUUCAUGAUAGAAUAUCGCAAAUCUGGUGACGUUCUGUUCUGUAAGAAAUGUGAGCAGGUUACCAUGCUAGACUAUGAUAGUGACUAGGUAAACAUCGGCAUGUUAGCAUGCUAACAUUUGAUCUACAGCACAUCACUUUUCCAGAGCUGCUAGUUAAUGUCUUGUUUCAUUUUAAUUUUGAGUGUCUGCAGCAAAGAAACUCUAAAAAAAGGCUUUUUUUCAAGUCCACAGGUCAUUUGAAAGUUAGAUCCCUGUUUGAAGUAGUUUCAGUAUAAGUCCUCUAUGGAGCUCAGUCUUUGUACAAUAUAAUUGAUCUGCACAUCUUUCUCUUUUUUUAUCACUCUGAUUUGAAGUAAACAGUAAACAUAAAAAGAGUUUGGUGCCCCAAAAAAAACAACAGCAGAAAAGUUGUAGUUUCAGCUGCAGUAGUUUACAGAUAAUUUAUACAUCUUAAUUUUAACUGCUUUUCUGAAAGGGUAAACUUUAUUCAAAAGAUAAACAGCAAACACAAAACAUCUAAUUCUAUACCAAACAAAAAGUGAAUUUUCAGUUGCAGCAGUUUUCACAAUAUUUUUUCACUUUUAUUUUGUGGGCAUUUACAGAUCACUGCAAUGUCUUUUAAUCAAUACAUUUUAACUGCUUUUCUGAAACAGUAAAAUUAAACUGGUAAAUGGUGAACACAGAAAUUCAAAUUCAAUACAACAAAAACUAACAAAUAUGUGAAUUCCCAGUUCCUUUCAUUUCCACAAAAUUCUCGGCCCUUUACAGUUUAGCGUGACGUCUUUUAAUUUAAACAUUUUGAGUCCGUGUUUCUGGUCGAGCUGAUGAAAUGUCACAGCUCUUAAAUGUUGAUGCCCUUCUUCUUCUUCUACUUCCCCCUUUGAAAAAUGUGCUGCAGGAACUAGACUCAGAGUGAGAAGUGUUUUUUUUUAUUUUAACAGAAAACACAUUUGAUAAUGUCUGAGUCUAAACCUUUGAGUUGUGAACAAAACCCUUAACUUAUAUUCUACAAUAUCUACAGGCGCUGUAAGAAUUCAAUAAGUCUUUAGUAUGCAGGCAUUUAUUAACUGAUAAGCACAGUCACAGUGCAUCGCUAAUGCAAUAGUUACAUCUUGUGUCUUGACAGGAAGGAAGUAAAUACACUGAUGUCAUAUUUGCAUAAUAAACCAUUUAACCUUAGGAACUGUUGUACUUCUACAGUUAUUUAACUGGCACUGCAGAUAUCAAGCGGUAAUAUAGACCGAGCACAUCGCUCCAUGUACGUAUUGUGUCUGAAUACACUACGAUGGUUAGGCAGUAGAAGAGAUGGCAUCUUGAAGUUUCCUAAAGUAUCUUAAGGUUUUUUAAAUACUUAUAGUACUUAAUUUUUCAAAGUCUCAUCCCUUUAAAGUCAUCAACAUUUCAUGUUAGAGGGUUUGAAGCUGCACAUGUGGAUAAAAUAUACAAUGUGACACUCUCGGACGAACGACAGAGGAAGUGAUGGGCAGCAGAGCAGAGAGAAGCUUCCUGGAAACUUGUUGUAGUGUGAAGAGGGAAGGAGUAAGAGAGGAAGAGAGAGUCAGAGCUCAGAUCACUGAAAACAGAAGAGACACAAAGAGCUGCUGCAGCGUUAAUCCUCUGGAGAGACCGACCACCUCGAGCUCUGAAUCAGGAUGUUACUUCUCAUCUCGGCGUCUCUGUUCUUGUCUGUGAGCAUCAAAACUACAGGCGCUUCCGCGGUGCUGAACAGCACAGUCCCCAGCACCACCACGCCGACUGAAAAAAACAAGACUUGCCCUGUGACCAUUUGUGACAGCGACAGGGAAGCAAAUUGCACCACCUUACAGAAUCUACUCGAAGAAGUGUGGUGCACUGUUCAGCAGCCACGAGUCUACAUUGCAUUUCUGACUGGGAUUCUUCUUUCAGCAACCGUCUACUGUUUGGCUAGAACAUGCACAAGAAAAAAGAGGAGAUCUGAAAAUUUGGCUGAGAACGUGGAGAUGGUGACCACUGAAUCAGGCGCACUGAUCGAUGAUGGCCAAGCAGUGGAAUUCCACAACGAUACUCAUGACCAGGCUGCUGAGGCUGCUGGGACAUCAGCGCCUGAUGGAGACCAGGAACUCAAAGAGGUGGAGUACUCCAACAUCAUGUUCGGCGCGUCACGGUGCAGUCUCACAGAGGCCAGGGACGCUCAAGACCCCACAGAGACAGAGUACGCUGAAAUUAAGAAAGGCGCACCGGAGGAGAGACAAGACGAUGGAGGCGAGGGAGGUGAAGUGUUGGAGGACAACAGAGAGGGGGAGGAGGAGAUGCUAGAGGAAGAGAUGGAGACGGGACUGACUGUGUCAGCAGAGGAGGAAGGUGAGGAUGGGGAGGUGUAUUCUAAAGUGCCUUAAAGUAGAGAACGAGAGGAAGCCGGGGGCAGUACAGAAGUACAUGUUCAGAUAUAAUGUGUUGUGUUACGAUAAUGGCUGAUUGUGCGUGCUUGUGUGUUUAUGAGUCUGAUGACAAAUCUUUUUAGAAAAAUGACACAAGUAAAAUGGCAAAGACCGAUUUAUCGAAAGGCCAAAAUAAGAUUUUCACAGACAUAUUGUUUAUUUACAGCUAUUUAUACCAAAGUUCAGGGUUAAACUGUAAAAUAUCAAACCUCAAUGACAUUUCUCUUUCAUGAGGGUUUGAUAAGGAACAUUCUUGGUUUUUAAGACAUACAUUUGGUUGUAAUUACUUCUAAGUAAACUGAAAGUUAAUGUGUAGUUACCAUGAAGACAGUGAUGUAGCUUAUUCACCUGGAUUUUUUUUGUUCAAAUGUUUUUGUUGUACACCCGUGUUCAUGGGGAAGUUGACUGUGUCUGAAACAUACUGUAAAUAUCUGCUGACGGCCAGUGCGCUUCAUGCUUCAUAAUGUCAGUAUGUGAAUUCAACGCAAACUGAAAUUCAUUGAAUAGCUAGAGUUUUCACCGCUUGAGCCUUUUCCCUUCUCUAUGCUCCUUGGAAGUAGAUGAAUUUGUUCAUGAAAUUCCUUCUCUGAUAAGAGAUCUUCAUAAAUUCAGUUGAAUGAUUUUAAAA